AUGGAACAGGUUCAUUUGCAAAUAUUAGAAGCCACUCCACCAGAGGCAACUUGGCGUUUAUUGGGUUUUCCGAUUAGUGAAAUGACUCCAUCUGUUUACCAUCUUCAGCUACAUCUUGAUGGACAACAAUUUGUCUAUUUUAAAAGCACACAGACGAUAAAUUCAAUUGUAAAUAACCCGAUGAUCAGAAAAACCAUGUUGACAGAGUUCUUUGUGAUGAACAGAGAAAAUAAGGAUGCAUUGCUCUACAAGGAAUUUAAACAUAUAGAAUGUGGACACGUCGAAAACAAGAGAAAAGCAUAUGAUAUAAUCCUUGAUAGAAUAUUUAAGAAUAAGUGUGGAGCUUUUUUUAUUGAUGGUCCUGGAGGAACUGGUAAAAUAUUUUUGUAUCGCGCAUUAUUGGCUACUGUACGAUCAAAAGGAUUCGUAGCUCUAGCAACAGCAACAUCUGGUGUCAUAGCUUCAAUUCUUCCAGGAGGAAAAACUGCUCACCCCCGUUUUAAAUUUCCUAUUGAUAUUGAUAAACAUUUCUCCUGUAAUAUCAGUAAGCAAAGUUCACUUGCAUCAUUGAUACGAGAUGCCAAACUAAUCAUGUGGGACGAAGUAUCUAUGGCCAAAAAACAGCUGAUAGAAGCUUUUGAUUUACUACUGAAAGAUCUAAUGGAUACAAAGACACUCUUUGGUGCAAAAGUUGUCGUCUUUGGUGGUGAUUUUAGACAAACUCUUCCUGUUGUUAGAAGUGGAAAAAAAGAAGAUUUCAUACAAGAAAGUUUAUUAUGUUCUGAAAUUUGGAACCAACUUGAAAAGUUGCGAUUAUCAGUAAACAUGCGAGCAAGAAUAGAUCCUGCUUUCUGUGACUAUUUGAUGCGAAUAGGGAGCGGAAAAGAAAAACUAAACUUUCAAGGUAAGAUUGAAAUUCCUGAUUGUUUCAUUAUUCCUUUUAUAAGUGAAAAAGAAUCAUUGAAUCUGUUAUUUAGAAUUACCUAUCCGGAUUUGUAUACAUCUACUUGUGAUAUGUCUUCGACAAAUUCUCGUGUGUUAUUACAUCAGAUGCAGGCUAUGCUACAAGCUGAAACAGUUGAAAAAGCGAAAGUUGCAACACCAGAAGUUGAGAGGAAGAAGUUGCAGUUGCCAUGGAGAAGAUGGAAUCUCAGUCAUUGA